AUGUUAUAUGUACCUACGCGACUACGGCAAAUAUUUCGUCUCUUUUUUGUCAUUUGGCUUCAUCUGUCUUGGAGUAGCGAGGUACAAGCAAACAUUCCCAUUUCACAGGAAACAAGAAUUGGGAAACCAACAGAAAUAAAAUAUGCUGCUGCUUUGAGCCUCGACACCUUUUCUAUAAAUGCACUCCGAUCAAAUAGAUAA